CAUCAGAGAAGAAGCUCGGCCUCAGCAGCUCACACAAGCGGGAAUAAUGGACUGAUAAACAUCACUGUUUGGGGCGAUGUUCAGAUUUGUUUGCCAUGGAAACAGAUAUGAUACCAAAAUUCUCCUCGAAAGACGAGGAAAUUAACUUCUGGAAGGCUCUUUCUCUCAAGUACAAGAACGGCUGUCAGGAGGCGCAGGAGGAGCUGCUGGAGUUUCAGGAGGGGAGCCGGGAGCUGGAGGCCGAGCUGGAGGCACAGCUGGCCCAGGCCGAGCACCGCAUGAAGGACCUGCAGUCGGAGAACCACAGACUCAAGAGUGAGGUGGACUCGCUCAAGGAGAGGUUUGAGCAGCAGUACUCUCAGAGCUACAAGCAGAUCUCCAUGCUGGAGGACGACCUCGGCCAGACACGCAGCAUCAAAGAUCAGCUCCACAAAUACGUCCGGGAGCUGGAGCAGUCCAACGAUGACCUGGAGAGAGCCAAAAGAGCUACCAUCGUGUCUCUGGAGAACUUCGAGCAGCGUAUGAACCUCGCGAUCGAGAGGAACGCCUUCCUGGAGAGCGAGCUGGAUGAGAAGGAGUCUCUUCUUUUCUCUGUGCAAAGAUUUAAGGAUGAAGCCAGAGAUUUGCGGCAGGAGCUGGCUGUGCGAGAGAGGAACACAGAUGUGAGCAGGAUGUCCGCCCUGAGUUCCCCCACAGAGGACACUGAGAAGAUGGACACGGCUGCCCAGGCCUCCCUCUCUCUGCCUGCGACCCCAGUGGAUAAAGGUCUGGACAACGCCUUCGCCAACCCCGCAGGUCUAUCAAACGGCUUUGGCAGCAACACUCCGUUGACUCCUUCUGCCAGAAUAUCAGCCCUCAACAUCGUCAGUGAUUUACUGCGGAAAGUCGGGGCUCUGGAGUCGAAGCUGGCCGCCUGCAGGAACUUUGCCAAGGACCAGAAAGCGAGGAAGGCGUACACUCUGGACAACGGCAACGUGCUCAACGCAAACACGGCUAACUACUCACAAUCACUCCACACGUCGUAUUUUGACAAAGCCAGGUCGGUGAAUGGACUGAAGCCUGGUACCCUGACGGCCAUCACCGCCCCCCCCGCUGCCUCGUCCCAGGGCUUAGUGCCUCUCGCUGUUUGACGGUAAACCCAAUGCAUCGUCCUUCCAAUUGAAAAUCACAUCUAUGAAGACAAGGCCUCAGACAAAUACUGUAAAACGUUAUUGAUGUACUGUUGUACCCCUCUCUGUUGUUCUGACCCGAUACACUGUACUUAUGGGUCGCUGUCUGUAUAUUUCAUGUGUUACUGUAUCUGCUGUUUGCUCACUGGCUUGUACAAAGAUCUACUCUUCACAAAUUUAAAGAUUUACUAGGAUCUCACCCUGAAUUGCGAAAUAUGUGCACCAUAUCAGCCUAAAAGCAUGGAUUGAUUACUGAUCAGGCUUACCGGCCACAGGCCAUAGGGUCAGGUUUCACAUGUUCGACCCAGGAAGAGACUCAAAAUGACCACAAAGAAACAUGAGGGGACUACAACGAGACACCAAACAACUACAACGAGACACCAGACAACUACAACGAGACACCAGACAACUACAACGAGACACCAGACAACUACAACGAGACACCAGACAACUACAACGAGACACCAGACAACUACAACGAGACACCAGACAACUACAAAGAGACACCAGACAACUACAAAGAGACACCAGACAACUACAAAGAGACACCAGACAACUACAAAGAGACACCAGACAACUACAAAGAGACACCAGACAACUACAAAGAGACACCAGACAACUACAAAGAGACACCAGACAACUACAACGAGACACCAGACAACUACAAAGAGACACCAGACAACUACAAAGAGACACCAAACAACUACAACGAGACACCAAACAACUACAACGAGACACCAACAACUAAAAGACUCAAAACAACUACGAAGAGACACCAAACUAUGAGCCUUAAAAUGAGUCCAGACAAAAACCAACAACAAAGUGAUACCAAAUAAAUACACAAAUAUUUUAAAUGACUACAAAGAGAAACCAAACAACUACAAGAGACACACAUCUAAAAAAUGUACAAAGACAAACAAAUCAACUUCAAAGACACACAAAUUAUCCAAAAAAGACAAUUAAAAUGACUACAUAGAGCAAACUUUAACUUCAGAGACUUAAAAAGUUACAAAGCAACUAAAAUAGAUACAGAAAAAAGCAACUACAAAGAAACACACUGAUUUAAAAAACACACAAAUCCACUACGGGCGUUCAAAAAUACUACAAAGAGAGUCAACAUGACUAAAAGAACCGUAAAACCAAUAAUAAAAGACACGGAGAGGCAACUACUGAAUAACACAUUUGCUAAACAAAGCGUCUGUGCCCUGGGGCUCGCUGUCUCACAAUCCUCUGAUUAAAUAUGCAAUUCAAAUGUGUUUUUUUUAAAUAAAUAAAGAAUGCAACAGCUUUUUUGGCCUUUAAACCUUUAUGUAUACAGUCUAUGCUUUAAACUAGCAAUAACUUCAAUUAAGUCGUCAGUGAUGUGCACUCACAUCCACGUGCUGCAACCAUGAAAGGAAAAUAACCAGUUAUAUGGGUUGCCACAUGCGCAGAUAUCCUAAAUAAUCGUGUGCCACAUGGCCAGUUCACCAUUAAUUAUUGAUGUUUGCAAAAUGUGGGCCUCACAGGUUAAUGUUUUAAACAUGAUCUCUGUUGUGUCUGUGAUUUUGGAAUUCAACCGUUAUCUUGUGACCCCUGUUUUAUAGAAUUUAAGUUUCAAGCAUUUUGAAAAGAAGGGAAGGUGAGUCUGUGUCAUUGAAGUGAGUCAAACACCAUCUAUCCUCUGAACGAUGUGACAUGAUGUGUACAGUAUGGGUCAUAUUGAUCAAUGUUUAUCGACAGCCUUUAAGUGGUGCUGCUGUCGUGUUCAGACCAGUUAACCAGCAUUCUUUUAUUCUGUAGUCAGUUUUGAUCAUGUUGUAAAAGCUUUUGAUUUAUAACACAUUUUCAGUACUGUACACAAUGAGCAAUUGAAGCACUUUGACUUUGUUUGAACUCACUUUUUAUUCAAGUGCAAUAUUGCUUGUUUGUUUGUUAUAGUUUGUAGGUUUUAUUUAUUUCAGAUUUCUUUUCCGGCAUGUUUUAAUAAAAGGUGCAAUUCUGUAA